AUGGCCGCGGGCCCGCCCGGGAACGUGCAUGCGAAGGAGAGACUUGCCGGGCCGGGAGGGCCGAAUUCUGCCCUAUGCAGGUUCCCGGGCGGGCAAGAUGGUGGCGGCAGCUGCAUCGGCAGCAGCGCUGGUCCUCGGGGCCGCCCGGGAACCUGUAUGCGAGCGAGAAUCUUGCCGGGGCAGGAGGGCCUCACUGUGCCCUAUGCAGGUUCCGGGGCUGGCAAGAUGGCGGCGGGUCCCGGGAACCUGCAUGCAAAGGAGAAACUUGCCGGGGCGGGAGAGCCUGGCUUUGCCUUAGGCAGGUUCCGGGGCGAGCAAGAUGGCGGCGGCAGCUGCAUCGGCAGCAGCGCUGGUCCUCGCGGCCGCCCGGGAACGUGCAUGCGAGUGAGAAUCUUGCCGGGGCAGAAGAGCCGAACUCUGCCCUAUGCAGGUUCCCGGGCGGGCAAGAUGGCGGCGGGUCCCGGGGGGGCCGCCCGGGAACUUGCAUGCGGGCAAAAGACUUGCCGGGCCGGGAGGGCCGCACUGUGCCCUAUGCACGUUCCCGGGCGGGUUCCGGGGCGGGGCUGCGUGGCGGGCAAGAUGGCGGCGGCGCCGGGGCAGGUGGCGGAGGAGGUGGAGGAGGAGGCGGCGGAGGCGGCGGCCUCUCCGUCGCGUCGCCUGGCGGUGCCCCGCGCGUGGCUGUCUGCGUCGGGCGGGCUGCCGGCGGGGCUGGGGCGGCGUUUCCCUGCGCUGGAGGCGCUGGACGUGAGCGGCACGGGGCUGUCUGCGCUGGGGCCCGAGGUGCUGGGCCUGGGCCGCCUCCACACGCUGCUGGCCAAGAACAACGGGCUGGGCGGCGAGGGCGCGCUGCCCAAGGGCCUGGCCGCCUCCGCCCUGGCGCGCUCGCUCCGCGUCCUCAACCUCAGCGGCAACCGCUUCGCCCGCCUGCCCGACGCCCUCCUCGCCCUGCGCGGCCUGCGCAGCCUCAGCCUGGGCGGCAACCGCCUCGCCGCCAUCCCCGCCGCCAUCCAGCAGCUCCGCAGUUUAGAGUUUUUGUACCUCGGAGGGAAUUUCAUUACUUCGAUCCCACCGGAGCUGGCGAACCUGCCUUCGCUAAGUUAUCUAGUGCUGUGUGAUAACAAGAUUCAGAGCAUUCCCCCUCAGCUGGCCCAGCUGCCUUCCCUGCGUUCUCUUAGCCUCCAUAACAACCUGUUGACCUACCUUCCUCGGGAGAUCCUCAAUCUCGUUCACCUCGAAGAACUGAGCUUGCGUGGGAACCCGUUGGUGGUGCGGUUCGUCCGCGACUUGACGUACAACCCUCCCAGCCUCCGGGAGCUGGCUGGCCGCACUGUUAAGACCCGCAACAUUUCCUACACGCCCGCCGAUCUUCCCGAGAACCUCCUCCGGUACUUGGAUCUGGCCAGCAAUUGCCCUAACCCCAAAUGUGGAGGCGUCUACUUCGACAGCUGCGUCCGACAGAUCAAGUUCGUCGACUUCUGCGGGAAGUACCGCCUCCCGCUGAUGCACUACCUGUGUUCCCCGGAGUGCUCCUCCCCCUACAGCUCCGCCUCCCAGAGCUCCACUUCCCAAAGCGAGUCCGACUCGGAAGACGAAGCCAUCGUCGCCGCACGCCUCAUGCAGAAGGUUCUGCUGGGGUGAAAGGGGACGGGAGGAGCC